GGGUCCAUCAAUUAAUCGCUAUAAUUUAACAUAUCGAUUUUUUGAAAUUCCAAUUUGCGCUUUUCCGAUGUCAUCACUCUCGAUUUGUUGAUCCUCCCAGACAAAUCCCUUCCGAGUUUACAACCGGCGGUCUGUCGCCGGUUCAGAAAUUGGUUAGCCGAUGAAGUGUAAGUCGCUGGCCUGCAUAUGGUCGCGCUCGCCACCGGUUCACCGAGUCACCGCCGUCGCCGCACUCAACGAACCGCCCACUCUCUACACCGGCGGAUCCGAUGGCUCCAUCAUCUGGUGGAACCUUGUUUCCUCUCCCGGAAAAUCGGAAAUGAAACCUGUUGCACUGUUAUGUGGUCAUGCUGCCCCAAUAGCUGAUCUCGGGAUUUGCUUUCCCGUAGAGGCAUCUGAAAAUGGAAAGUUGACUAGUUCGAGUAAUACGCUAUCAUAUCCUAGUUCAAAUAACUGUGGCGCACUAAUAAGUGCUUGCAGUGACGGUGUAUUAUGUGUUUGGAGCAGAGCAAGUGGUCACUGUAGGCGAAGAAGGAAACUUCCUCCUUGGGCAGGGAGUCCAUUCAUGAUUAGGCCAGUGGGAGACAAUGCUAGAUAUGUAUGUAUUACCUGUUAUUUUGUUAACCAAGACCAUCAAUCACCUUAUUUUCUAGAAGGAAACGAGUCUUCAGUUGACAGAGAAUUUCAAAACCCCAAUCCUUCAAAGUGUACAGUCAUAAUCAUUGACUCGUUUGAUCUUUCAAUAGUACAAAGUGUGCUCCAUGGGAACGUGCCUAUUGGACCUUUGCUUUCCAUGGCUGUAGUUUUGCCUUCGGAAGACAUGGAGAAGCAGUCGGUAAUUGUUAUCGAUUUAUUUGGUAAGGUAAUAUAUUUACCAGUAGUGAAGGACCCUGACCAAAAAGGUCAAAAUGCGCCUCUUCUAUCAAAGAAUUUCUCUACUUUAGAAGUGAUGGACUGGGAGGAUGGCACCAUAGAGAAGGGGUCUCUAGUGGCCUUUUCAAAGUGUGGUUAUGUUCUGGCCCUUGUUCAUAGGACACAUUGCACAUUUAGGCAGGCGGAAACUGGAACUAUUUUUGGCAAGAUAUCUUUUUUGAAUCAUCAACUGUGUUUUGAAGACAAGUUAAACGUAAUAGGUGGUAUAUUCCUAGGAGAUGAUACUAGUAUCUCAAAUAAUGAUUUUGUGAAAGAAUUUGUAGCAUGGAAUAAUAGAGGUGCAGCUGUUAUAUACAGGAUAUCAUAUUCGGGCAGUGUAUUCAAGUCUGAUCCUCUAUCUGUCAUCCCAGCUGUACUGUAUCCUUCUGACACGAGACUGUCUUUUUCUUUCAUACCCUUAACCAAGUAUCUGCUUCGUGUUGAGUCAAUUUGCUUUCAUGUCAAGGAACAUGAGUUCUGGAGACCUCAUGUUACUAUCUGGCUUUUGCCUCAGCAAAACAAUGAAUGUGGGGAGCUCCAUUUAGAGUGUGCAAUGUUUGGGGAGGGUAAUCUUUUCGAUGAUUGGGCUAUGGAUUCUUCUUCGUCUAAUACUAACCAUGGUAUUGUCGAAGAAGACACAGAUGGUAAGCACUCGAGUAGUUCCAGAUAUGCUACUUAUGGAGGAGGUCAACUAGUAUCUUCGUCAAUGGUUAUAUCUGAAAACCAUCUAGCACCUUCGGCCAUUGUUUAUGGAUUCUUCAACGGUGAUAUUGAAAUCAUUAGAUUUCACAUGUUCUUCACUGCACUGGAUUCACUUAUAGAAAGUGUGCCUCAGGAAGCAGAUUCACAAGGACAGAAGCAACAUCUCUCAGGGCAUAAAAGUGCAGUGCUAUGUUUAGCUUCACAUCAAAUGGUGAGCAAGUCUGGAGGAAGUAGUUUAAAUCACGUUUUGUUGUCAGGCAGUACGGAUUGCACAGUACGCCUGUGGGAUCUCGACUCUGGUAAUCUCAUUAUGGUGUUGCAUCAACAUGUAGCUCCAGUUCGUCAAAUAGUUCUUCCUCCAUGUCAAAGUGAAUACCCAUGGAAUGAUUGCUUUCUAACUGUUGGGGAUGACUCAUGUGUCGCCCUAGUUUCACUUCAGACUUUGAAGGUGGAGAGAUUGUUUCCUGGGCACCUGUACUUUCCUGCAAAAGUCCUGUGGGAUGGUGUAAGAAAUUAUGUUGCAUGUCUGUGUCCAAACCGUUCAGACAAAGCUGAUGCGCUCGACAUUUUAUACAUUUGGGAUGUAAAGACAGGUGCUCGUGAGCGGGUUCUUCGUGGAGAUGCUGCGCAUUCCAUGUUUGAUCAUUUUCAUAAAGCUAUCAAUGAAAGUCUUCUGUCUGGCAAUUUGAUGAACGGAAAUACUUCAGCUUCGUCUUUGGUAUUUCCAGUGAUCGAGCCAACAAAUUCCAAAGUUCCGGGCAAGGGGAUUUAUCCUCAAAAUACGGCGAGUAAAAUUGAACCAAAGACACCUGAAUCAUCGAAUUCUGUAAAAGGCACUGGUGCAAAAUCAGGUGGGCUCACAUCGGUGUUCUUCCAAAGUGACAAGCACCCAAUCAAAAGUUCUUGUCCUUUUCCUGGAGUUUCAACCUUGUGUUUCGAUCUCACUUCCUUGAUAUCACUUUGUUCUACGAAUGAAUUAUUCGAAGGCGGUAGUCACAUUGGAGAAAAAGAUCAUGGUAAUGGAGCUGGAACUAGCACACCAAAAGAUGAUGUGCACAAGAGGGCAAAUGCUUCUUUGGAGGAACUGGGUUCAGAGAUGUCUAGCCCAAAUAAUGUAACUGGGAAAAGCGGUUCUGUUUCAGAUGAAUCCACUGUUGUAUCAUUAGAACAUCAUGAAUGGGUGCGCUCACUUGAAGGAUGCCUACUUCAAUUCAGUUUGUCGUUGCUGCACUUGUGGAAUGUCGACGAGGAGCUUGAUAACUUGCUAACAACUGAAAUGAAGCUUAAACGGCCCAAUUCUUUUAUUGUGUCUUCUGGCAUAUUGGGGGAUAGGGGUUCAAUGACACUGACAUUUCCAGGUCCUAAUUCAACUCUGGAGUUGUGGAAAUCUUCAUCUGAGUAUUCUGCCUUGAGAUCAUUAACAAUGGUGUCCCUUGCCCAGCAUUUGAUCAGCUUAUCUCAUUCUUGUUCAUCAGCCAGUGGUGCUUUAGCAGCAUUUUAUACACGGAGAUUUGCUGAGAAAGUUUCGGAUAUAAAACCUCCUCAGCUCCAGCUCUUGGUAAGCUUUUGGCAGGACGAUUUUGAACAUGUGAAAAUGGCUGCUCGUUCUUUGUUUCACUGUGCUGCUUCGCGGGCUAUUCCCCUUCCACUAUUCAGUACAAAAGGCAAUCAACGUGUAAAUUCUCAAAUAUAUCCUCACGAAGUAUCAGAGAAAGAGCAUGACAGUACAACUGCAGUACAUCCUUCAUAUGAUGGAAAAACAGAAACUGAAGGGGACUUUGUCGAGGAAGAAGCAGAAAUAACAUCAUGGCUGGAAUCAUAUGAAGUGCAUGACUGGAUUUCAUGUGUCGGGGGAACAACUCAGGAUGCAAUGACUUCUCAAAUAGUUGUUGCUGCUGCAUUGGCUGUCUGGUACCCUAGCCUUGUCAAACCAAGACUUUCCAUGAUGGUGGUCCAUCCCUUGGUUAAAUUGGUCAUGUCCAUAAAUGAAAAAUAUAGUGCUGCAGCAUCAGAGAUUUUAGCUGAAGGUAUGGAGAGUACGUGGAAGGCUUGCAUUGGUUCUGAAAUACCUCGCCUGAUAGGGGACAUAUUUUUCCAAGUGGAGUGUGUCAGUGGUGCAUCGGCUAAUGCAUCUUCACAACAUUCUGCUGCAUCUGUUAAAAUUCGAGAGACUUUAGUUGGGAUUCUUCUUCCAAGCUUAGGAAUGGCCGACAUACCUGGAUAUCUGCAUGUAAUUGAAAGCCAAAUCUGGUCUACUGCAUCUGAUUCACCUGUACACGUGGUGGCCCUCAUGACGUUGAUCAGGAUUAUCCGUGGUUCUCCAAGAAAUUUGGCCCCAUAUCUGGACAAGGUGGUCAGUUUUAUAUUACAGGCAAUGGAUCCUGGUAACUCAACCAUGCGCAGAAGUUGCUAUCAGAGUUCUAUGACGGCAUUGAAAGAAGUUGUACGUGUAUUUCCCAUGAUAGCCCUAAAUGAUUCCUCAACCCGGUUGGCAGUUGGGGAUGCAAUUGGAGAGAUUAACAACGCUACUAUUCGGGUUUAUGACAUGCAAAGCAUGAGCAAGAUAAAGGUUUUGGAUGCCAGUGGACCUCCUGGACAUCCAAAGUUGUUGGAAAAGGCCGUAAGUACUGCAAUAUCUGUUCUUAGCUUCUCGCCAGAUGGAGAGGGGCUAGUUGCUUUUUCAGAGAAUGGAUUGAUGAUUAGAUGGUGGUCACUAGGAUCUGGGUGGUGGGAGAAACUAAGCCGAAAUCUUGCUCUUGUUCCAUUCACGAAGCUGAUAUACGUUCAUCCAUGGGAGGGUUUUUCACCUAGUUCUACUAGGUCCAGCAUAAUGGCUAGUGUACUGAGUGAUGAUGGACAAGUCAAUUCACCGGGAAGCAGCAAAGGUUGGACAGAAAUGGACAGGUUGAAACUCCUGAUUCACAAUCUUGACCUGUCAUAUAAGCUUGAGUGGGUCGGUGAAAGAAAAGUAAAGCUCUUACAACACUCCAAUGAUUUAGGCACCUACCAUUUUCCAAAUCUAAGCAGCACCGGCAAACACCAAUAAGUUUCUCGAAACUGAAGCUGCUUGAGAAGGGGGCUUAGUGUUUCCAUUAGUUUUUCACAAGGAUGAUUGUGGAUUCCUUCGUAUGUCGUCAC